AUGGAUCCGUCAAAUUCUCCCACGGUGUCCGACUUCCGAAUAACGGACCACAGCAAAGUCAUGGACACAUUAGAGAAUGUGUUUAAAAAGAUGGCAAAGGGAGAGACAAGAACGAUCGGGCACAAUUCGGAUGCUAUGUUCAAAGAACUCGAUUUGAUCAGGAAGAAACAGAUCCAGCUGGCUACUAAUCAUGUAGACUUGGAGAGUAUGCCUGAAGAUGAACCGCCAUCGGAUAGCCGAGCAGCUGAAGAUGGAGAAUCGUUUAAGCGUAACGCCGAUAUGUUUACCAAGAACGAGCGAGAUUUGAACAAUCUAAUGACAGAGUUAAACGAUUUGAUAGGAAAGCUAAAGGAUCUGGGGGAUGCCUCUGGUGAUACAAUUUCUGCAUCUCCGGAGACUACAGAGUCAAAACCACGAACCCAUAAAGCUUGA